AGAGGGCGAUAUAAGGGGGGUCGUUGUCCCUCUGUUUGCCAAUCCCGGAAGUUGGUGACAUCUCAGACAAAACAAAGAUGGCAGGAAUGGGGAGCAGUAACUACUGGGAAGAUCUACGGAAACAGGCCAGGCAGUUGGAGAAUGAACUGGACCUGAAGUUGGUGUCAUUCAGUAAACUGUGUACCAGCUACAACAGCUCAAGGGAUGGACGGCGAGGAGACACGUCAGACACCACACCAUUGCUAAAUAACUCCACGCAGGACAGGAUGUUUGACACCAUGUCGGUGGAGAUUGAACAGCUGCUGGCCAAAUUGACGGCGGUAAAUGACAAGAUGGCAGAGUACACCAAUGGUCCGGGCACAGCUUCAUUGAAUGCUGCACUAAUGCACACCCUCCAGAGGCACAGAGACAUCCUACAGGAUUACACACACGAAUUCCACAAAACUAAAGGAAACUUCUUAGCCAUUCGGGAACGGGAAGACCUAUUAGGAUCUGUCAGAAAGGACAUUGAAACGUAUAAGAGUGGAUCAGGAGUUAACAACAGAAGAACAGAGCUGUUUUUGAAGGAACACGAACACCUGAGAAAUUCUGAUCGACUGAUGGAUGACACAAUAAGCAUUGCCAUGGCAACCAAGGAGAAUAUGACGUCCCAAAGGGGCAUGCUGAAAUCCAUCCAGAGUCGAGUCAACACGCUGGCCAACCGUUUCCCAGCCAUCAACAGUCUCAUCCAACGAAUCAAUCUUCGGAAGCGACGAGACUCCCUCAUCCUUGGUGCCGUGAUUGGCGUCUGCACCAUUCUUCUCAUGCUCUACGCUUUUCACUGAGUUUCAAAAAGCGGCGAGUCGGUCGGCUAUUUGAUGUGUAAGACCGUCGGGAAAACGGUUCGUGAUUGAGGACCCCGGGAGACUCCUUAGCACACGGAUGUAACGUCUGUCCAACAACAAGAUCUUCUGAACUUAUAUCUAGCUGUAGGACAGAUGGACAACAUUACUGGUGGGUGGAUACUUUGCCAGCUCCAGGAUACAGGAAACAAAAGUACUAAUAACUAGAAACUUGUAUCAUAAUGCCCCGGAAGAGACACUGUUCUGUUGAUGAACUGUUGGAAUAUGUGACCAUGUUUUUUUUUUCUCCACAUUGCAAAGAUUUUUAUUGGAAUGAUUCUUUUUAAUUGAUGUGCCAGUUUGAAAUGGGUGUUAAUACAAGUUAAUAAAUUAUUCAUAUACAUU